AAGGACACCGUUUAGACAGCUCGGCGCUCGCCGAGUAAAAUCUGCAGUAAAAGAAAAUGGCCAACACAAACCCGGUUAUCCUUGCUCAACGGCUUCAAUUGAGUCAUAAACAAAGAGUUUUAAAACUGUAUCGAGACAGCUUAAAGCAUUUGCUUUCUUGGACUGGUUCCCGAUUAAUUUGGAGAGAACAAGCUGUAUUACUACGGGAACGCUUCGAUGCGAAUAAGCAUUUGACGGAUAGAUCUCAAAUUCAAAAGGUUUUGGAGGAAGGAGAAAAACUUUUCAAUGAAAAUCGGCAUCCUCAACCUUAUAUCUGUAAUCUUUUAAAUUCCAAGUGCUCCAUACGGAAGCAAAUGGGAAAGAAAUAUACCUCCACCUCCAAGUGUCCUAGAGAUGUUGCCAGAGGAAGAAGAAUGGUAUAAUGAUAUGACAAAAUGGGCAAAUGGAAAAGAAUAAAUAUUGCAAAUUUGAAAAAAUCUUUUUUGUUUUUUA